UUAAAGGGACAACAUGAGGUCAGGUAGAGGAUGUUUUUAUGGGAGUGCAUUGUUAAAUUAGCAUCAUUAGGAGCUUGUUUAUUUACUUUAGCACUAAAGUUACUUCUAUGUCUGUUUAGAGCUUCUUGAUUCCUCUGCUCAUCACCGUCUCUGUGCCGGCAUGCUGUCCGUCCCAGACAUCAUCAAGAAAAAGCGAGAUGGAGAGACGCUGAGCGAUGAAGAGAUCAGAACCUUCAUCAAUGCUGUGACCGACAGAUCCAUGCAGGAAUGUCAGAUCGGCGCCAUGCUGAUGGCGGUCUGGCAGAAGGGCAUGAUCGAUACGGAGACCACCACCCUGACCAGAGAGAUGAUGUCAUCAGGGAAGGUGAUGUCAUGGCCGAAGGAGUGGGCGGGGCGUGUGGUCGAUAAACACUCGACAGGAGGAGUGGGGGAUAAAGUCAGUCUGGUGUUAGCGCCGGCGCUGGCCGCCUGCGGCUGUAAGGUGCCUAUGAUCAGUGGGCGGGGCUUGGCUCAUACAGGUGGGACGCUGGACAAACUGGAAUCAAUACCAGGGUACAACAUCCAGCAAUCAGCAGCACAGAUCCUGGAGAUCCUGGACUCUGUUGGCUGCUGCAUUGUGGGUCAGACGGAGACCCUGGUUCCUGCAGAUCGAGUCCUUUACGCUUUGAGGGACGCCACCAGCACCGUGGACAGUUUACCCCUAAUUACUGGAUCCAUAAUCUCAAAGAAAGGAGCUGAGUCUCUGUCUGCUCUGGUUCUGGAUGUGAAGUUUGGUCGAGCCGCUCUCUAUAAAGACCUGCAGAGCGCCAAAGAACUGGCACAGUCACUGGUGAAUGCAGGUAACGGUCUGGGCAUGCGUACGGGGGCGGUACUUAGCAGUAUGGACUCUACGAUUGGUCGAUGUGUGGGAAACAGUCUGGAGGUGAUCGAGUCUUUGGAGACGCUGAAGGGACGAGGACCUGAGGACCUGAUGGACCUCGUCAUGACUCUGGGUGGUGUUUUGCUGGUGAUGACUGGCUCAGUGUCCAACCUAUCAGAAGGCAGGAAGAAGAUUUCUGACGCUGUGAUUGGUGGAGCUGCUCUUUCAAAGUUCCAGGCCAUGAUGGAGAAACAGGGCGUGGCCAAAGAGACAGCUCACUCGCUCUGCUCCGCCCAUGUAGAUUACUACAGCGUCCUGAGAAAAGCCAAACAUCAGAAGGAGCUGAAGACUGAAAGAGAGGGGGUCGUCGUGGACGUCGACGGUUUGGUUCUCGCUGAGAUUCUUCAUAAACUGGGGGCGGGACGAUCGAAGGCGGGAGAGCCUGUCAAUCACAGUGUGGGGGCGGAGCUACUGGUGUCGCCAGGUCAGAGUGUCAAUAAAGGUGACCCCUGGCUGCGACUGCACUACGAAGACCCAGCCCCAACUCCAGACCAGAUUCAUCGACUGCAGAACGCCGUGACAGUGGGAAAACGAGACGAUGCACAUCAAGGAGAACAGACUUUAGUGAGAGAACUUCUGCUUCCUCAUUAACACCAGUUUUAAUGUUUUAUUUAUUAGAAAAUCUCAAACCACCUUUAACUAGUCAAUUUUUAUUUCACCUUUAAUGUUCAAAAUUUUAUUUUUGCAGAUUUAUAAUGAAAGUUUAUGAUUAUUUUAUUCUAAGUGAUCAGAUUUUAACACAAAAAAGCCAAAAUGGACUGUUUAAAGAGACUCCAGUGUGAAACACUGUUGAAUAUUUAAAGCUGGUUAUAAACAGAGAUAAAUAGUGAAAUGAUGAUGACAGAUCGUGACAAAGAGUCGAAUCUGCUGGUAUGAAAUGUGAAUGAAUAAAGUGUAAUUCUGCCGACUCAUCAGUUCUGCUGUUCUGUUUCCUGUGAGGAGAA